AUGCUGGAGAACGGCUCCCUGAGGAACUGCUGUGACCCGGGCGGGCGCGGCCGGCUCGGCUUGGCGGAACGGGAGGCGGCGGCGGCGGGCGCCCCGCGGCCCGCCUGGGUGGUGCCGGUGCUGUCCAGCGUGCUGAUCUUCACCACUGUGGUGGACAUCCUGGGCAACCUCCUGGUCAUCCUCUCCGUCUUCAAGAACCGCAAGCUUCGGAACUCAGGUAAUGCAUUUGUGGUGAGCCUAGCUUUGGCUGAUCUGGUGGUGGCCUUGUAUCCAUACCCACUGGUGCUCUUAGCUAUUUUCCACAAUGGAUGGACACUGGGUGAAACGCACUGUAAAGCGAGUGGCUUUGUGAUGGGACUAAGUGUAAUAGGCUCUAUUUUCAACAUCACUGCAAUUGCAAUAAACAGAUAUUGCUACAUAUGUCAUAGCUUUGCCUAUGACAAAGUGUACAGCUGUUGGAAUACAAUGUUGUAUGUCUCCUUAGUCUGGAUAUUAACAGUAAUUGCAACUGUGCCAAAUUUUUUUGUUGGCUCUUUGAAGUAUGAUCCACGCAUCUAUUCAUGCACAUUUGUCCAAACUGCAAGCUCCUACUAUACAAUAGCUGUUGUGGUCAUUCACUUCAUCGUCCCUAUCACCAUCGUCAGCUUCUGCUACCUUCGAAUUUGGGUUUUAGUGCUUCAAGUUCGAAGACGAGUCAAGUCAGAAACAAAGCCAAGAUUGAAGCCAAGUGACUUCAGAAACUUUCUUACCAUGUUUGUUGUUUUUGUGAUUUUUGCCUUUUGCUGGGCACCUCUAAACUUCAUUGGACUGGCUGUAGCCAUUGAUCCUACGGAAAUGGCACCAAAAGUUCCUGAAUGGCUAUUCAUUAUAAGUUACUUAAUGGCCUAUUUCAACAGCUGCCUUAAUGCAAUAAUAUAUGGUCUUCUUAAUCAGAAUUUUCGGAAUGAAUAUAAACGAAUUUUAAUGUCACUGUGGAUGCCAAGGCUUUUCUUCCAGGACACAUCCAAAGGAGGAACUGAUGGCCAGAAGAGCAAGCCUUCUCCAGCUUUAAACAACAAUAACCAAAUGAAAACUGAAACCUUGUAAAUGUGUAAUAGUCAACAC